CAAAAGGUGGGUGUUGCAGUUGGACUAUGUUGGAACUCUGGCUUCGGCAGGUAAAUACCGUCGUAAAUUUAUCCCAGUGCACCAUACAAAUUUAAGUCUAGAGUAGCGGAGUGAAUGGGGAUGACUUGGAAGAAGGCGACUAGGCUAGAUUCUGUAAGGGAAGAAUUUGGAGUGUCUCCUAAAGCAGCGGGAAGCUGCCGGGAACAUUUCUGCCUGGAGGAAGAUAGCCUGCUUACACGAAGCUCUUUGCACGUACAGGCACCCAGCGGAUAAGGGCUGUAAUUUAUUGACACCAUUGUGUCUUCUCUACCCCGCCCAGCUCCGACCCUUGCCGCAGCGUGGCCGCAGUGACUCCUCCCGGCCAGCAGAGGGCGCCAGCCUGCACUUGGCCCCCGGCUGCCCGAGGCCGGUCUCCUCUUGCCGCUCCCCCCGCCCCCCACCUCGUCUUUCCCCCUUAGGAGAAGUCGGGAAGGUGGCAGCGGCGGCGGUGGCGGUUGUCCCGCCCGGCCGGUUGGUGUGACCGGUCGGCGCGUGCUGCGCAGCUUCCUCGCCUUGUCCUGCCCGGCGGAGCCGAGCGGAGGCCGAGACCGGAGUCCGCGAGGGCGGAGGCGGCGGCGGCCAGGGCGGCCCGUGGGAAGGGAGCGCGGGGCCCCGGCAGCGCCGCCGGCUCCCGGCCCUGCCGGCCUCCUCGGUCGGAGCCGCGGCCAUGGCGGCCAGCGCGAAGCGGAAGCAGGAGGAGAAGCACCUGAAGAUGCUGCGGGACAUGACGGGGCUGCCGCACAACCGCAAGUGUUUCGACUGCGACCAGCGCGGCCCCACCUACGUGAACAUGACGGUCGGCUCGUUCGUGUGCACCUCCUGCUCCGGCAGCCUGAGAGGGUUAAAUCCACCUCACAGGGUGAAAUCUAUCUCCAUGACAACAUUUACACAACAGGAAAUUGAAUUCCUACAAAAACAUGGAAAUGAAGUCUGCAAACAGAUAUGGCUAGGAUUAUUUGAUGACAGAUCUUCAGCAAUUCCAGACUUCAGGGAUCCACAAAAAGUGAAAGAGUUUCUACAAGAGAAAUAUGAAAAGAAAAGAUGGUAUGUUCCGCCAGAGCAAGCCAAAGUGGUGGCCUCGGUUCAUGCGUCUAUUUCAGGGUCUUCUGCCAGCAGCACAAGCAGCACCCCGGAGGUCAAGCCCCUGAAAUCCCUGUUGGGAGAGUCUGCACCCGCACUGCACCUAAAUAAGGGCACACCUAGUCAGUCCCCAGUUGUAGGUCGCUCUCAAGGGCAGCAGCAGGAGAAGAAGCAGUUUGACCUUUUGAGUGAUCUUGGCUCAGACAUCUUUGCUGCUCCAGCUCCUCAGUCAACAGCUACAGCCAAUUUUGCUAACUUUGCACACUUUAACAGUCAUGCAGCUCAGAAUUCUGCAAAUGCAGAUUUUGCAAACUUUGAUGCAUUUGGACAGUCUAGUGGUUCGAGUAAUUUUGGAGGUUUCCCCACAGCAAGUCACUCUUCUUUUCAGCCCCAGACUACAGGUGGAAGUGCUGGAUCAGUAAAUGCUAAUUUUGCUCAUUUUGAUAACUUCCCUAAAUCCUCCAGUGCUGAUUUUGGAACCUUCAGUACAUCCCAGAGUCAUCAGACAGCAUCAACUGUUAGUAAAGUUUCAACAAACAAAGCUGGUUUACAGACAGCAGACAAAUAUGCGGCACUUGCUAAUUUAGACAAUAUCUUCAGUGCUGGGCAAGGAGGUGAUCAAGGGAGUGGUUUUGGGACCACGGGUAAAGCUCCUGUUGGUUCUGUGGUUUCAGUUCCCAGUCAUUCAAGUGCAUCUUCAGACAAGUAUGCAGCCCUGGCAGAGUUAGACAGCGUGUUCAGCUCUGCAGCCACCUCCAGUAAUGCGUACACGCCCACCAGUAAUGCUAGCAGCAGUGUCUUUGGAACAGUGCCUGUGGGUGCCUCUGCUCAGACACAACCUGCUUCAAGUGGUCCUGCUCCGUUUGGGGCUACGCCUUCUACGAAUCCAUUUGUUGCUGCUACUGGUCCUUCUGCGGCAUCGUCUACAAACCCAUUUCAGACCAAUGCCAGAGGAGCAACAGGCCUUUCUGGAGCAAUGCAUUCUCAAGUGUUUCCUCACGCUCAUUUUGCGGCAACCUUUGGCACCGCAUCUAUGAGUAUGCCAGCAGGAUUUGGCACUCCUGCCCAGUAUAGUCUCCCUACCAGCUUUAGUGGCAGUUUCCAGCAGCCUGCCUUCCCAGCCCAAGCAGCUUUCCCUCAGCAGACAGCCUUUUCUCAACAGCCCAAUGGUGCAGGUUUCGCCACGUUUGGACAAACAAAACCAGUGGUAACCCCUUUCGGUCAAGUAGCAGCUGCUGGAGUGUCUAGUAAUCCUUUUAUGACUGGUGCGCCGACAGGACAACUUCCAACAGGAAGCUCAUCCACCAACCCUUUCUUAUAGCCUUACUUAGACUCUGUACCGGAACGAACGUUUAUGUGACCAUAUUACAUCUCUUCGCCUCUUGCACUGUUGUCUUGUUUCACUGAUCUUAGCUUUAAACAUGAAAGAAGUCCUUAAAAUGCCUGCACUGUGUAUUAAACACCAGGUAAUAUGUGCAAAACAGAGGGCUCAGCAACAACUUUUCACUUGUGAAUUGGCAGGAAAAGGUAGCGGCAUCAUGUAAGUUAAAAAUUGGCUAAUGUUAAGUUAUUGCAGAUCCCACAUUCAUUAUGCUGCAGUACUGUACAUAUUUUUCUUAGAAAUUAGCUAUUUGUGCAUAUCAGUAUUUGUAACUUUAACACAUUGUUAUGUGAGAAAUGUUACUGGGGAAAUAGAUGAGCCACUUUUAAGGUGCUGUCAUAUAGCUUGGAAUGAAUGAUUAAAAUCAUUUGAAGCAUUGCUUCUGGGAAAUUCAAAUUGGAAGGUUUUAUUCAUUCUUGAAUUUUUCCUUCUCAAGAGCUCUUCUAUUCAUACACGGCUAAGUUCUUUAAAGAUGUGGAGGACACCUGUCUGCGGAAUAAAGCUGAUCAUGUUUUGCUACAGUUUGCAGGUGAACAAAAUAAAUCUUAGAAAAUAUGCUAUUGUUUUUGUGUUCUUGCUGCAAUGCCUUUACCAAAGUGGCCUUAAAUGUAAUGAGUAGUGAGUUGAGAACAUCUUGAACUCUUAAAGACUUCUAGUGACUAACUUUUUUUAAAAGGCCAUGUAGAAAAUUUAUUAAAACUACUAGGACUGCUAUAUUCAGGAAUGUGACAGUGGAAAAGCAUUUAAAUGUAGCUUGUCAGAUUCACCAUGCUACUUCUAAUUUCUCUGCAACUUCUUAAUUUUGUGAAAUUUGUAAAUAUGGAGAAUUUGCAUGUAUGUGUAUUUACAAAUAUUUUUUAAAGAUCUUGAAUUCUCAGACUGCAAAAGGCCUACUUUAACUAUUUUCCCCUCUGUUUUCAUUGUCUUUGAAUGUAUUGGAAGCAGACAUGCAUUGACUGUGACAUGGUUGCACCUGAGGUUCCCCCCUCACUUUCUGGACAGACUGAUACUAUCUAUCAAACAUUUGUUUCUGUUGGUUUGGGGAUAAAGAAAAAGGAACCCAAUGUUACCUUAAAGUGAUGAAAUACUUGUGUAAAAAGGUAGCAAUACUAAUUUUAGUUUAUCUUUUUGUUAAUAUUCAAAUGAACUGUUUAAAUAUUUAUAUGUAGUAAUGCCUCGUUCAUCCCAGGAUAAUCUGGCCCUUUCAUCAAAACCAAAUACAACUAAGAAUUGAAAUGAUUAAAAAGAAAUCUUUGAACAAUACCCCUAAGUUAUGAAUUUUGUAUGUAGAGUAUAUGCAUUUCUUUGAAUGUGUUUAAUAGUUUGGUAACUUGAUUUAUUGGUCCAUAGCAUAUUAAUGUUAACGAAAGGAAGGGUCCAGAACAAGGAUGGAAAGCACGUCCUGCCAAAGGCUCCGUAGGGACAGCCAGCCCAGUUGAGAAGUAGUAACUCUGUGCCAUCAAAAAAGCUGAAAUUGCAUACACAGUAUGUAAUGCCUGUUAGAAAGUAACUUAAAAAAAUUUUAAAGCAUUGGUUUAAGUGAUAUAAGCAUCACUUUUCUCACAUGUUGUAUUUAUAGUGGAUGUAUUUUUGCAGUGAUGGCUGUCUAUUCUCAUACUCUAAAGUCGCGGUGUUUACUUUAAGCACUGCAGUUGGGUGCCAUCCUUACUGGGAAGUUGUGCUUUGUAUGUACUUGACAGGUGACGUGCCUGAGACUUAGUCCCCUCUGACCAACCUGCCACUGAGAAUCUAGCUGGUGUUGUUGAGGCUUGCCUGCAUUUUGGGCAUAGUCUUGAACUCUUUGUACAUUUUGGGGAUCUCAUCUGUUUUCAUGGAGGGAAAACUUAAAUCUUUAAACUUUGGUUUGAGAUUGUGUCAGAUCCAAAUCAAUUCAUAUGUACAAGUUAAACUAUAUAAUUAUAGGCCAUUACCCAGAUGACCCACCAGGCUUUCCAUCUAUUGAGUAAAUUAAACAGUUAUCAAAAUAACUUUAAAGACUAUUUUUUCAAAAAGCUCUGAGGUGUAUAAUGAAGUGGGGGUGGAGGGACUGUUCUGACUUCCAGUGAGUGCCUAUAGUAAAAAUAGAAGUUCUUAGGUUCAGAGCAGUUCCAGUGUCACAGUGGGUCUUCGCAUGGUUUUUGUCUUUUAAAAUUCCCCAUCUUUUAGGCUUAAAUUUGGGGUUGCUUCUAGUUUUCGGCACUGUGUUGAGCAUUGAAAGGGUAGUGCUCAGAGUGAUGGCUGAGGGUCUUCACAGUGUGGGCUCAGUGCUCACAGCACACUUCCUGCUCUGUCUCUCAUCAGAAGUGAAGUUCUGUGUUGAUAAAUUUAAAAUCAUCUUGGUCUUUAUGAUUUAAGGAAUGUUUUAUUUUAGACUUUUUUUUUUUUAAAUAGAGGUUAGUUUGUCAUCUCCCAUAAGAUCAUUUGUUCUGUAAAUUAAAUACCCGUUCUAUGGGGGGUACUUGGUAACUCUUCCCGUCAGUUGCAAAGUGGAGAGAGUGGCUGGCUGUGUACAGACAGUCACUGUGCUGGCAUUUAUGAAACAAGCUGUUUCACAGUCAUAGUUCUUAUAACUGUUGAUGGUCCCGGCAGGAGCUUUAGUUUAUGAGACUUGACGCUUUCAUAAGGUUAGUAUAUUACAAAUAAAUACAGAGGGAUUUCUAAAGCACACCUUUUAGAUUUGACUGUAAUAGCCCUAUUACUUGUUACCAUAGAUAUUUGAUGUAAAAUAACUUCCAAAAUGACAACAAACACUAUUUAUAUUUUGCCCACCUUUUCAAUGUCAGGCUUAAUAGAAACUGAAGAUAGUCAUACUACUUGCAUUCAGACUUUUCAGGUACCACAGCAGGGAGGCACUGGAAACUGUACUUGUGGAAUCCAGAUGGUGAGAAAGGCACAAACCACCUUAGAAUUAGUAGAAAAGCAGCUAGACCUGGUACAGGUAUUCAGGGUCCCCAGAUAACAUUUUGAGAACACAGCACUUUAAAUUUGUGUGUUCCUGAUAUAUUUACCUCUGUCUGGGGAAACCUUGCUCCUUCUGAACUUAAGGGGUUGUUUCCUUUGGUGAAAUUCCAGUUGAAAUCAUUGUUAAAUAUUUUAAAGAACUAAUGGUAAUGGUGUGGGUGUGGUGUUUUUUUACACCCUAAGUGGUUUUCUUCUAUCAGCUCAUGUAUUGGCAUAGAACAGGUAAGCUAGCAACAGUUUUUAUCCUUGGGAGACAGUACUGUUGGGUUGAAGUGUGCUUUCAUAGUUAGGUGUUAGUAGACCCGUCUCUUUACCAAGUUACUCACUUCCUGUAUUCUCAAAAAUACUUAAAUCAUGUAACAUGAAUUCUUUUACACUGUGAUGAAAGUACUAUUUGCUCCGUAGAGUCUUGUUUUGUUUGCUUUUUUAAAUGGCAGGAUCUUUACAUAGCCCUGGCUGUCCUGGAACUCCAGCCUCAGACUCACAGAAAUCAUCUGCCUCUGCCACCACACCCAGCCAGCCCACUGUAGAGUAGUGGGGUGAGAUGGAACAGCUUGGCACCUCAGGCUGACAGUGGCACAUUGCAUGGGACGGCUUACCUUUAUUUAUGUAGUCUGUUCCCCCUACAGUUUCAAAAUUUGCUUUUUUAAAGGUAAUUAAAAGUUUGUAUAAAUUAGCUUAUUGUAUUGAAUUUAUCAGUUAGUUGAACCUUGUGUAUUUUAAAGCGGUGUUAUUACUUUGCUUUUUGUAUGGUUGUGUUUGAACAAAUGAAGAUGUGAGCGUAACCAGGCCUGUGUGGUGGGUGUUUCACAGCCAUCUCUGAAGAAAAGAUGAAGGAACCAGCUUUGUAGUAGCAGGCUUAUUUUUACUAGUGGUCUGGGGUCUUGAAAUGCUGCCAUUGAAACGAACAGGAGUGGAUCUGCUGAGCCUGCGCUAGACAGCUGCAGCAUAGCCCUGGUGUGUGACCCCAGAACUGACUAGGUUUACUGCUCCUUUCAUGACUACAUCCGGGCUUUGAAAACCUUCAGUUUAUAUUUUUAAUGAUGCAUUCUAUAAGCUUAUUUCUGAAAGUUCACUAUAAUUUGGAAAUGUCCAAGUGCUGGGAAAGAUUGGGGCAGAUGCUAGUCUUCCCCGGUGUGGGGCUGUACAGGUGCUUGCUGUCUGCAGAUGUGCCGGUAGAGAACUCCUAGAACUGGGUUCAGAUCCCACAGGAGCAGAGCAUGCGCUUGCAAAGGGCUCCUGACUCCAUGUCCUUCCUCGGGCAGCUUUGCUUCCUUCCGUUUUAGGAGUUUGGGUUAGUGUUUCCAGUGAAGACUUCUGCCGAGAAGGUCUAUCUGAUAUCUUACCCAUUCUGCAUGGUUUAUGCCUGUAGUUGAGCCCAUUGUUGUGAAAUCUGUCCUUGUCCAGUACCUAGAUCUGUGGAGGUCAAUGAAAACGGAAUGUUUGAUUCAGAAUUUCAUAAAAAGAAAAUCCUAGACAGAACAUUUUAAUUGCCUAUAGACAUGCCCAUUAGUUAAUUUUUAAAUUGUUUUGUUCUCCAGAGUCUUGAGCACUUGUUGUCUGAGUCACAAUCUUAAACAAGUAGCCUUCUGAUUAUAACACUUGAGGUAGGGAAGGUUAUAAACUACUGUUCCACAGUGUUCCUAGAAAGUGGUGAAUAGAGCCAGAUUUUUACAGACUUAGAAGUCUUUAUAUGUUCUAAAUAACAUGCUUAGGAGUUUUACACAGGGUAGAAGGUAAAUGCAGAAUGUUUCCCUCUGCACGUCAGGGGGCUACUUCCUCUUCCUUGUCUUCGUAGUGUUGAGGAAUGCUUUCUAUUAUGUCUGUCUACACAUCUGUGCAUGCCUUUCAUGGUUCUGCCUUUUAAAAAUGCAGACUUUUCAGCUUUCUCCUUUGUUUUAACGUGGACACCUUUCCAUUUGCCAUGUGCAGCACUAUCUCAUUGUGUGAAUGGCAUCAGGAUCCAGGAGUGGAUGUCCUUUGCAGGAACAUUUUUGCACGUAUAUGCAUAUACAUAUAUACAUGUUUAUAUGCAUAUGUAUACACACAUAUAUUACAUACAUGUGCAUGCUUACAUGGAAAUUCUUGAUUUUGGCAGAUAGGGAACUUUCAACAAAACAGAUAAUUCUAUUUUGAGGCUCAUCAGCUAUUUAUAUAUGGUAUUUUAUUUCUUCCUGAGAAAAAUUUCAGGUCUUUCAAAUAGUUGUAAAAUGCCAGCAUUUACAUUAAACUGUGUGGGCAGUCAGUGCACUCACUGAGAGACUAUGGAAUCUCAUGUCUUAUUUUAUAUCUUACUCUUUCUGUCACCCCUACCUGUGACCCUAAAGUUUCUAAAAGAACAGCUUGAAAGCUUCCUCUUCCAGUUUGUCAGUAUUGUGAAUCUCCUCAUUCCCACGAGCUUGGAAUGAAUGAACCCUAUAUUUAUGAAAGAAAGUACAAGUCUAUUUUUUCACAACUAGAGUCUUCAGAAUUAGCUUUUGCUUUGGGAAACAACUCAUAAAAGUUUUGGGUUUUGGCUUCUUACCGAAAUAUGCAUUUAGUACUAGUUGUACAUAGAACUUGCUUCCUAGAAAAGUUUGUUUUUCAUGAGGAACACUUACCUACUAACUGACUUGAAAACCCCUCUGCAUGUGGAGGGUAGGAGUGAGGGAAGUUCAAAGGGCAGUAGUCAGGGGCUGGCUUCUGUGGGCUGUGUUUGGAAAAUGUUGACAUGCUGAGGUCUUUGAGGCUCAGUUUUGGUGCAGGAAGUGGUUUUAGAUACUGAUUUUGAUAAUUGUUUCUUUUCUCUUUUGGAGAUGCUGAGGAUUGAACCCUCAGUGUUGCACAUGAAUGCUCUACAACUAAGUCCAGCUAAUUUCUUGUUCAUUGUAAAAUAUUGUUGAAAUAAUUUUUUAAAAUAAAGAUAUGACUUUGUGUACCCUU